CAGAGACGGAGGAACUCCCGGGAGAGCUUGCCAGGGCGCGGAGGAACCCGUGCGGAGAGCAGCAGAUUGGCUUAUCUUGGGAGCUUCAGGACAUUGCUCACCUUGAAGAUCAGGUGACCAUUGACCAUGUCAUCGAGGCCUUUUGAAAGUCCACCUCCAUAUAGACCUGAUGAAUUCAAACCCAGUCAUUAUGCACCAAGCAAUGACAUGUAUGGUGCAGAGAUGAAUGUUCGACCAAUGCUCUCCCACACGGCGUAUUCUUUCUACCCAGAAGAUGAAAUUCUUCACUUCUACAAGUGGACCUCUCCUCCAGGAGUGAUUCGGAUUCUGUCUAUGCUCAUUAUCGUGAUGUGCAUUGCCAUAUUUGCCUGCGUCGCCUCCACACUUGCCUGGGACAGAGGUUAUGGAAACAACAUACUAGGAGGUGGUAUAGGCUACCCCUUUGGAACAGGUGGCUUUGGAGGCUACGGAAAUGGCUAUGGUUAUGGCUAUGGUUAUGGCUAUGGAACAGGCUAUACAGAUCCGAGAGCGGCAAAGGGCUUCCUGCUGUCUAUGGCUGCCUUUUGUUUCAUUGCUGCAUUGGUAAUAUUUGUUACCAGUGUUAUAAGAUCUGAAAUAUCUAGAACAAGAAGAUAUUACCUGACCGUGAUAAUAGUGAGUGCUAUCCUGGGCUUCAUGCUGUUUAUUGCCACAAUCGUCUAUAUAAUGGGAGUCAAUCCAACUGCCCAGGCUUCUGGGUCUAUGUAUGGUUCACAAAUUAUUGCCCUCUGCAACCAGUUUUAUACACCUGCAACUUCUGGAUUAUACGUGGAUCAAUAUUUGUAUCACUACUGUGUGGUGGAUCCCCAGGAGGCCAUUGCCAUUGUACUGGGGUUCAUGGUGAUUGUGGCUUUUGCUCUAAUAAUUUUCUUUGCUGUGAAAACUCGAAGGAAGAUGGACCAGUAUGACAAGUCGAAUAUUUUAUGGGACAAGGAACGUAUUUAUGAUGAGCAGCCCCCCAAUGUCGAAGAAUGGGUUAAAAACGUUUCCGCAGGCACACACGACAUGCCUCCCCCGCCUUCGGACUAUGUGGAUGGAGUCUGCAGUCCCGUGGCCUACUCCUCCAACGGGAAAGUGAACGACAAGCGGAUGUAUCCGGAGUCCUCCUAUAAAUCAACACCGGUGCCCGAGGUGGUACAGGAACUUCCCGUGACUGCGCCGGUGGAUGACUUCAGGCAGCCUCAUUACAGCAGCAAUGAUAACUUCGAGACACCUUCCAAAAGGGCUCCCGCAAAGAGGAGGGCGGGCAAGUCAAAGAGACCAGAGCAAGACUACUAUGAGACAGACUACACGACCGGGGGCGAGUCCUGCGAUGAGCUGGAGGAGGACUGGGUCAGGGAAUAUCCACCUAUCACUUCAGAUCAUCAAAGACAACUCUAUAAGCGAAGUUUUGACACUGGCCUGCAGGAGUACAAGCGCUUACAGGCAGAACUUGAUGAGAUCAAUAAAGAACUCUCUCGUCUGGAUAAAGAAUUGGAUGACUAUAGAGAAGAAAGUGAAGAGUACAUGGCUGCUGCUGAUGAAUACAAUAGACUGAAGGAAGUUAAGGGAUCUGCAGAUUACAAAAGUAAAAGGAAUUACUGCAAGCAGUUGAAGAGUAAGUUGUCACACAUCAAGAAAAUGGUUGGAGAUUAUGACAGAGGGAAGACAGAAGGCAGAGUCCAGAUUGUCUGAGUGACUAAGAUGUGUCUGAUGCCUCUGCGCUGCUGUCAGAAUGCAAAGUGACUUUGGACUCCAACCAGAAAGGCCAAACCUUUGUGAUCCUUACAGAGUUUUGGUAGCUUUAAUAUCGUCGGUAUUGAAGCAUUUUAUAAAUAGCUUUUGAUAAUCAAUUGGGCGGAACACUCCAAUUAAGGACAUUAUGCUGUAAACUUUGGUUCUUUUAUUAAGAACUAACUGUUGUUUGAGGUUUUUAAACCCUGAAGGAAGGUCUCUGUGUGGAUUGUGCUGUGAACUUUCAUGCCAUAGGCAGUCAUGCCUUAGUGCUUCAUUAUUUUGAAUAGAUGAUCUCAUUUAAUCCUCCCAGAAUGCUCCCUUCAUGUAACUAUUAUUUAUAAUCAUUCCUUUUUACAUAAGGAAACUGGGUCCCUGCAGUAAAGUGAAACUGCAUGUUUCCUAGCUGGCAGUUUUGGUUAAGUCUGUUUUAUGACUCCAUCAAUAAAAUCCCUGGCCAUUUGUAUUUUAGCUUAUGUGGACAUUGCAUUCUUCCAACCUCCCUAUUGAUUUUUUUUUUCUGUGUGUAAAUGGUUAAAAGAGCUUUUUAUUGUUUUAUGUUAUCUUGGUAAUAAAG